CCGAUGCCGAAAGCCGUGUGAGGUCUCUUACAGCCAAGUUAGUUUCAAUGAACCCCUAAAUCAUAUACACCAUUUUUUUUUCCUUUUAGUUUUGUGAAGAAAAUCAUUUAUUGUUAAAUAUUAGUUAGGCAGCUCAUUCUAAAUUAGCCCCUUGGGCAUAAUUUUAACCACUAAGGGGGGUAUUAUUCAUAUAUGUUUCAAUGAAUUUGGACUCAAUGGAAGGUGGAAGUUUAAUCAAUGUCAGCAAGGUUGUACUAAAUGCCAUCCCAGGAAAAAACAUCAAACCAAUCUCAAAUGAGGUUGAAAUGGGAAGCCAGGAAUACGAACUGGGAGUGGGAGUGAAGGUUGUAGCAGACAAAUCAGUGGUGUGCCAUAAGCAGAAGUACCCAUAUGCUGUGUUUUACCGCCAUGCAAUCCACAAGACAAGGGUUUACACGCUUCCAUUUGUGGGAACCGAGGAUGGGACCAAAGCUGAAAUUGUGGCUUCUUGCCAUAUCGAUACGUUGGCUUGGAACCCGAAGCAUGUCGCCUUUCAAGUUCUGAAAGUUAAACCAGGAACUGUCCCUGUUUGCCAUUUCCUUCCCCGUGAUGAUCUCAUUUGGAUUCCUAAAUAGAUAGAAAUCUGGAAAAAAAAAACUAAGCCUCAAGCCCCAGUUGCACAAUUGCAUCUUGUAUUUUCUAAUAUCCAUAUCUUGUGUGCUUUGAAUAAGCGCUGGUUCAAGGAAUGUAUGCAUGUUUAUGGGUACCAUUUGCAACAUAAUUCUGUUAGGAUUAUCGUCUUGGUUUUUAUCAUAUCACGUACUUCAUCAUUGAUUAGAACAUGUAAAAUCAUCCGAACUUGUGCCUUAAAAGCAAACAGGACUCCAUGAGUUGUUCGGCCA